AUGGACGAACUGUUGACUCCCGUCAGCACCACAUAUCUCAAGGCUCGAGAGGACGCCCAGCCGCUGCUAUCCGAGGUCAGCUCAACCAAGAGAGUAGCUGAAAUUUCGAAGCUUUCUCAGGUGAAUUCGCCGGAUGAGGCUCUAGAGAUACUUCGGAACCAGCCUGAUUACGACUCCCUUGUCCGAGUUCUCAGGUAUCUCACCAAGGAUGCCGCGCAGCCCGAUGCUUUCAACGUCCACGUCCCAGGACCGAAAAGCGCAGCCAUCAUUCACGUGCUGGUCACGGAAAUAACUGCAAACUACUGGACUCUGUUGAAGGAAGGCGGGGCGAAUGACGGUGCCGAGGAUGAUCGAGACGACUUGCAUCUGUUUGUUGCUUGUCUACAGAGCGUCACCGGGCUCAACGCUGUUCUUACUCAUCUCAAGGCUCUCAUACAGGAGCACAAGCUUGGACCCAAGGAAACCAGGCGACCCGAUCUGGCGCUGCAUGUCAACAUUUUUCUCGAUUUGUUAGCGACAGUGUUGGAAAGGGACUCUGCUAUCCAAGCCUUGUGGACAGCUUCAACACAAAGGCUGGCCACCCAGACGCUGAGAAAAGUGCAAUCCCAGGCGCUGCUCUCUUUGCUCACCGGGGGACGUGUGCUGUCUAUAGCCGCCGAAGCAGUCGAAGUUGCUGGCUCAGAAAACGUCGAUGCCAAAACGAUAUGGCCGGCUGAUGGCGCCAGAUACACGCAGUGGCUUGCGCACAACAUAGUUGCCUGGGCCAAGGUCACCAAAACUGAAGAUGAGCUGCAUUUCUGCUCAGACGUUUUCCAGCGAGCCAUGUCUCUAGGCUACCUGGAAAGCCUUGUAAAGACCGUCAUUGACAGCCUUCUCCUUCGACAAGGGAGCAACCCGACGGACUUUGCCAAAGUGUGCCUCUCUCAACCAUCCAGCGCCAAAAGGACGAUGAAUAUCCUGCUACAGCACCUCGCCCAGCACCUGAAUGGCCUUGAUUUGGACGCUCCAUCUUCCAGAACACUCAUUUCUGCCGCUGCCGGCGUCAUUCACGCAGUCACCAAGGGUAAUGAAGCUCUUUACAACCACCUUGUCUCUUGGUGCGUUUCAUCUUCUGGCGCCGGCCUAGGGGACGCUGUAGGCAUUCGAAGAGCCGUUCUCGCAGUCAUAGCUCAGAAUAAGGACGGAAUUACGACUGUUUUCGAGAAGAGCCUGGCUCAGUUUGGCGACCAGUUAUACAUCAGGCAUGCGGCUAUACUACAGCAAAAUGUCCACGCCGAGGUGUUGCUACUCAGUGCAGGUUACGUUUCUAGACUCUCUCCCAUCAAACUGAGAAUCAUUGUGAGAUCUGGCUCUUACCUGACGGCAAUCUCAAACCGGAUAGCAGCAACCCAGGCAAGAGCUCGAUUCUUGGGCUUGGUAGUCGGAGAAUCUCUCUCGACCCUGAUGGACGACAAGAGUCAAAAGCUUGAUUUUCAUAUGGAAGAGACGGAGAGCGAAGAAGCGCAGGGGCUCAAGUCCCUCACCACCGUAUCCGACGAGGUCGGCUCGAUCGAACCUAUCCUCAAGACACAGGUGUCAGGGCCACCAGCAAAGACAGCGAGUCGCCCAUUACAGAAACGGACGCAAAAGCCCAAGGCAAAGAAAGCCAAGGCAAAGCCAGAACCCAGCAUCUCGGCCAUCAAGCCGAUAGCCAUCAUCGAAGAGGUUGACUCUUCAGAAGACGAUGAAGACCUUGUACCCUAUGCAAAAGGCUCUGACCCAGAAGACUCUGACGACGACGCCACAUUAGUCCAGCGCAACAAGCCAAAGGCCCCCGUUUACAUCCGCGACCUAAUCCUACAUCUCCGCGACACGGAAUCAUACGACAAACAAAAGCUGGCCCUGCAGACGGCACCGCUAUUGAUUCGCAGAAAGGCAAACUUUGGCAUGGAAGUCAGCUCCCACGCGGAAGAGCUUGCAGGGCUGCUCGUUGGAUUGCAAGACAAGUUCGACAUUGAAGACUUCAGCGACUUGAAGCUACAAGGCAUGAUAGCCUUGAUCGUCGCCCAGCCGAAAUCGAUGGCACCCUGGUUUUCUCGGACCUUUUUCGAGGGAGACUACUCCCUAUCGCAGCGAACGCAGGUUCUCGUGGCCAUCGGCUUGUCAGCCAGAGAAAUCGCCGGCUUCGACGCCUCCGAGUAUCAGGCCGCCGCGUCGUUUCCCUCAAAGCGACUACCGGAGAAGAUUGAGCAGCUAUACCUCGACUCAUCCAAGCAAGGCGAAGCAAACCGCCCAUCCCAACUCAAAGCACUGCCCUCCACCGCCAUAGACUCGAUCGCCCAAUCCCUCACACAAUCCUUCCUGGAGCCCAUGGCCGCCAAAGCAGCCGACGCCUCCACCGGCCCCGACAUGCUCAAGCUCUCCACCUUCACAGCCCGCUACAAGUCCAAGACCAAAGCAAGGGCCGCCCGAAUCCGCUCCAUCCCAAACACCACCGCCGCCCUCAUCGCAGAAUCCUUCUUCUACCCCCUCACAGCGCACUUCCAGGUCGCCCUCCGAUCCUCCAAGCCCGUCAUCCUGAAUCCCGCCCUGUUAGCAUUGUACCUCCAAACGCUAGGCGUAAUCAUCCACGCCGCCGGCCCCUCUACCCUUUCCCUUCCGCAGCUCACCUCCGAGCUGUGGGAUCUCCUUCUCGCCGUACGAGUCCACACGCAGGAUGACCUCGGCGCGCUCAAAGGCUGGUUCGUGGCGAUGGCGUCGUUAUUGGAGGUGAAUGACGGCGAUAUGCGCAGGUUGUGUGAGGCGCAGGGACGCGAGGUUGUGGAAACGAGGGAAUGGGCUGCGACGGUGUUUAAUAGGAUAAGAGGUGAAGAUGGCGGAGAGGAGAAUGAGGUCAAGAUGCUUUCGGCGGGGGUGCUGAUUAAGCUUGGGGAGGCGAUUGAAAAGUAUCAGGCGCUGUUGAUGGGCAACAUGAUUGGAUUUUGA